AUAUUUUAGUUUAUGCGUGUAUCCGAAAAUACUGUAAAUAGGGCUCAAAUUCCAGCUGAAGGUCGAAGUCCAGAAUUGUCAUUUUGAUUUAAGAUUCUAUUGUACUGUAGCUGUUUUUGCAUUUCUGUUGCCUUUGUACAGUCUUAUCUUGUUAUUUUCUCAUUAUCUUCUUGUACUGUGCCGUUUAUGUAAUCUCCGUUGUUAUCGUUGAAAGUUACGAUACACCGCACCCCAGCGAUCCUCUCACUUCGAGUCCGUCGGUGUCGCCGUCAAGAGGUAAUUAUCGCAUUGCUCCAAACAUGGGUAGAAAAGUGUUCGUCGUCGGCGUCGGGAUGACCAAGUUCAUCAAGCCCAAUUCGGGGCCGGACUACCCUGAGCUGGGCAAGGAGGCGGUGACGCAGGCGCUCGCGGACGCUAGGAUUAAGUAUGACGACGUGCAGCAGGCCGUCUGCGGCUAUGUGUUUGGGGACUCCACCUGCGGUCAGCGCGUGCUGUACCAGAUCGGCAUGACCGGCAUCCCCAUAUACAACGUGAACAACAACUGCUCCACCGGCUCGAGCGCCAUCUACCUUGGCAAGCAGCUGAUCGAGGGCGGUGUCGCCGAUGUCGUACUGGCAGUAGGAUUUGAGAAAAUGUCCCCCGGCGCGCUCGGCGGCUCCGCCUACCCUGACAAGACUAACCCUAUGGACAAGCACACCCUUAAAAUGGCGGAGUUGGUUGAAAUCGCACCAGCCCCCAUGACUGCUCAAUACUUCGGCAAUGCUGCCAUAGAGCAUAUGAAGAAAUAUGGUACUAAUGAGACACACCUCGCCAAAAUCGCAGCCAAGAACCACCGCCAUGGUAUUAAGAAUCCCCGUGCACAAGGCAAAAGGGAGUACACUGUCGAAGAAGUUUUGAAUUCCAGGAAGAUUUAUGGUCCUCUCACUAAACUGGAAUGUUGCCCGACUAGUGAUGGGGCCGGUGCUGCGGUUCUCAUGUCAGAGGAAGCUGUGGUUCGCUACGGACUACAGGACAAGGCCGUUGAGAUCCUUGGCAUGGAGAUGGCAACAGACACUCCUGCUGUUUUCACAGAAAACAGUUUGAUGAAGAUUGCCGGUUAUGAUAUGACCGGUUUAGCAGCCAAGAAGCUGUAUGAGAAGACUGGUGUAUCACCGAAGCAAGUAGAUGUAGUUGAGCUGCACGAUUGCUUUGCUGCCAAUGAGAUGAUUACGUAUGAGGGUCUUCAGUUAUGCGGGGUGGGUGAAGCUGGAAAAUUUAUUGAUGCUGGUGACAAUACAUAUGGAGGAAGAGUAGUUGUGAACCCGAGUGGUGGCCUAAUUGCUAAGGGACAUCCUCUGGGAGCUACGGGCCUGGCCCAGUGUGCUGAGCUGGUCUGGCAACUUCGCGGAGAGGCCGGAGACCGACAGGUCCCGCGCGCAAGAAUUGCCCUGCAGCACAACCUAGGUCUCGGAGGAGCAGCCGUCGUCGCCAUGUAUCGCAAGGGAUUCCAGAAUGCCGUCCCCAACACCGUCGCCGCCAUCUCUGGCAACCCUGACGAGUUCAAGGUCUCCAGAUACAUGAAGAUCUUAGAAGAAGCCAUGGAGAGUGACACGGAAAACUUAAUCGAAAAAGUCAGAGGUAUUUACGGAUUCAAAGUGAGGAAUGGUCCCAAUGGUGCUGAAGGAUACUGGGUCAUCAACGCCAAGGAAGGCAAGGGCAAGGUCUCGUACAACGGCAAGGAAAAACCCGAUGUGACUUUCACAAUCAACGACGAGGAUGUAGUAGACCUCAUUUCUGGCAAGCUGAACCCUCAGAAGGCGUUCUUCCAGGGCAAGAUCAAGAUCCAAGGCAACAUGGGCCUAGCGAUGAAACUGACAGACUUGCAGCGCCAGGCGGCCGGCAGAAUCGACCAAAUCCGCUCCAAACUGUAAAAAUCCCGCCAAAACCGGUUCAAAACCGGUUAAAGGGCUAUUACACGACACGAUUUCAAGGGAUAGGGUUCGUGUAAUAAGACUUAGAGAAUAAGGGUCCCGUAGUGUAAAGCGUCGCACUAACUAGGGUCCACACACACUCCCUGCGUGGACCAUUAAAAUCGUGUCGUUAACAGCCCUUUUAUAUUAGGUUAUCGGUUAUGGAAUAAGGUAUGGGGGCAUUUCAAUUAUCCUAUCUCUUAUCAACAAUUCCAAACUUCUCUAAAAUCUAGCUAGAUUGACAAGGUCACAGAUCUUUAUUCUUAGGUGCAAUAAAUCUUUGUUAAGAAUGUUUUUUAUAUACAUAAUUAUGUAUGGAAAGUGUAAUCAUUCCAAUGGAUAUUUUAUAAAUGGCUCUAUUUUGUUAAUAAAUCGGUUUUUU